GUAAAGCUUGUCCCUUUCGCUGCUCUGCUUUGCUCCGUCCGUCCGUCUAGAUCCAUCAAACUGGACCGCCUCCUCUUGAUCCAGCAGAGCAGGGGAUCCAUGGAGCAGCUGGCAGACGGGUGCGAGCUGGAGGAGCUGGAGCUUCCCACUGUAGACCUCGAGGCGGAGGAGUCGAGGCUGACGGAGCAGCUGGCGGCGGCGUGCCGGGACCCGGGCGUGUUCCGGCUGGUCAACCACGGCGUCCCCUGCGAGCUCACAGCCCGCCUGUUCGGGCUGGCGCGCGGGCUGCUGGAGCUGGACGCGGCCAACAAGUCCCGGCUGCCCGGCUACUUCUGCGGCACGCCGGCGCUGGCGGCGCUCCCCGUCAAGGAGAUCAACUGGCUCGAGGGUCUGCACGUGGAGGCGACCGCCGCCCACGGCGACCGUUCUCAUUCUUCUCCAGAUGGUGCUGACGGUGAAGCAGACGGCACUGCGUUCUCGAAGUUCAGGGAGGCGGUGAGCGGGGAGUACGUGGCGCACAUGGCGCGCAUCGCCCGGAAGCUGUUCGACGCCCUGGCGGCCGGCGAGCUGGGGCUCGACUCAGAGCAGCGGGCGUCGUACUUGACGGAGCGCGGCAGCAUCUUCCGUGCGUACCGGUACCCGGCGUCAGGCGCGGGGCGGCGGCAGCUGGGGAUGGAGGCGCACACGGACAGUUCGGUGCUGUCCAUCCUGAACCAGGACAUGGUGGGCGGUCUGCAGGUGUUCUAUGGUGGUAGGUGGCUUGCGGUGCGUCCGGUGGAGGGCGCGGUGGUGGUGAACGUGGGGGACAUGCUGCAGGCGAUGAGCGGCGACGCGUACCGGAGCCCGGAGCACCGGGUGGUGGCGCCGGGCUGGACGGAGGCGGACAGGAUGUCGCUGUGCUACUUCGCGUUCCCGGAGGAGGACGCCGUGAUCGUCGGCCCGGCGUCAGCUUGUCGUCCGGAGGAGUUGUACCGGGCGUUCAGCUACGGCGAGUUCCGGGAGCAGGUGCAGGCGGACGUGAAGGCCACCGGGUCCAAGGUCGGCCUCGCCCGCUUCCGCCUGGCCGCCGUCACCCAAUCAUAGUCAUAGUCAUAUUCAUAUUCAUUGGACGGACGGCGCCUUGGAAGAAGCCUCAUCGUGAUCGAUCCAUGGAUGGAUGCGGACGGAGCAGACUAGAGCGUCUCAUGUUUUUUUUUGAGGGAAACCUUCUUCUUCUCAUUUUGUACUAUAUGUUUGUAGCGGGCCGAGAAAGCUUUUACUACUAAUUAGUGGGCUGGGCCACCCACGCACGAUGCUCUUUGUUUGGAUCCAGAUCAGAGUUCCGUCCGUCCGUACGCACGAGUCGGCCGAGUUGGCGCACGAUCGGAUCCACGGCGAGCGGAGCGGAGCGGAGAGGAACGAUGGCCGGCGGCGGCGGCAGCAGUGAGGAGAGGCCGGUGGUCGGCCAUCUUCCUCCUGGGUCUGGUGACGCUGGCGAUGGUGGCCUUGACCAUCCGCCUGCCGGGCCCUCAGGAUCCGGUGUUGGACUUUUUUUUUUUAUCGUAUCCGGUGUUGGAGUUGGCCAUGAGGAUCCAGUGCAUCGCCGCAGCCUGCAGCUUCUUCAUGCUCAUUGGCCGCGCUACUCGUCACGGAGCGACCACCUUAAUUCCCCUCCAAGUCCACGGACCCACCUUUCGCAGGCUUCUUCUUCUUCUUCUUCUUUGAUUCAUUUUCUUUCUUUUAUUUAUUUAUAGAUUGAUUCUAGGGACCGACUAGCAUCCCUUUUCGUGGUGAACUGGCCGUCCCCAAGUUGGAUCGUGUCCAA